AUGAAGCCAGCCAAGAAUUAUGGAGCAGUGCUACACCAAGCCUCACAGCCACCACAAUUAUUGUGGGGCCCUCUCAUGAUUGCUAGAGGCCUUGAAUUCCUUGUUGAGGCGGGGUUGGAAUUUCUCCAAGACCUUGAUUUGUCAAAUAACAGGAUUUCGGAUGUUAAUGAUUUGAAGUCUUUGGCGGAGCUUAGGCUCGUGUCACUGGAUCUUUAUGAGUGCCCGGUUACUUGGGUUAAGGACUAUAGGUCGCGGGCUUUUGAGUUGAUUAGCUCUUUAAAGUACUUGGAUAAGAUUGACGCAGAGGGGAAUGAGAGGCUUGAGUCGGAUGAUGAGGUUGAGGACACUGAAGAGAAUCAGAGGCUUGAGUCGGAUGAUGAGGAUGAGGACGCUGAGUGGGAAUGGGUGAGGGGUGGUUGGGUGGGUUGGGAAAGAAGAAGAUUACUUUUAUUUUUUAAUUUUUGA